GCACGUCCGUAACAAGAACAGCAUACACCCCGACAAUGUCGUCUUCUAAGGCGAGAUCAAGUCAUACGGAGAUGUACGAGAGUCUGCUAAGCGUUCCAGAGAACGAUGAGAAGUUCGAGUCAUUACAUCGCGUCGAGGCGGUUUAUGAUCCACUUCCAGAGCGAAGGGAUGGGUUGAUUGUGUCAAACCGCCAAUACCGACAACAAUAUGCAAACCUUUACUACCUCCGCCUCGCAACACUCAAACCAAUCCUUUCCGCCCAUGCCGAACGUAAAUGGGCUUCCAUCAAAAUUGCGGGACAAAAACCGCGGUUGGUUAUGAAUACGCUGAACGUGAAGCAAGGCGAGGUUGUCUGGAUUAUCGGAACGUGUUUUAUGGAUUUACCACUCAAACCGAAUAUUUUGGAGGACGUUGCGAAGGAUCAUUUACACGUUGCUAUUCCUCCCCGUGAAAAGUACGUCGGGCUGGAUGGUGGGGAGGUGGUGAUGUUGGAGGAUGAGUCUGGGAGAAUCAGGUUGGUUGGUGGGAGGCUGCUUGAGGAGGGGUUGGUUACGGGGUGUGUCAUUGCUGUGCUUGGAAGUGAGAAUGGCGAAGGCACUUUUGAGGUUGUGGAUGUUUGUUUGCCGGGAAUGGCACCGCAGAAGGAGGUUGAGGUGGAUGAGAACGGAGAGGAUGAGUGGAUUGCUGUUGUGAGUGGAUUGGGCUUGACAGGACAUGAGCAUGAGAAUCUGCAGACGCAUUUGUUGGCGGAGUAUUUGACGGGUGAACUUGGCACGAACGAGGAUCAACUACAAGCACGCAAGAUCUCCCGAGUGAUCUUCGCCGGGAACUCGGUGGAUGCGCUGGCGAAACCAUCACCAACGGAUGAGGAUGAAUCGACAGUACGAAAGAACAAGAAGUACGGGUACGACGCUUCGGCAUACAAUCCUCUUCCCACCGCUGCCUUCGAUGAUCUUGUCACGGACCUGGCGUCCUCGAUAACCGUCGACGUCAUGCCCGGCCCUCUAGACCCAGCGAUUGCGACACUACCACAGCAACCGUUACAUGUCGCAAUGUUCCCUCAAGUACGAGCAUAUUCUGGUUCGACCUUUAACGCCGUCACGAAUCCGUAUUGGUGUUCGAUAGGUGGUAACACCUUCUUUGGAUCCUCAGGACAGACGAUCGACGAUAUCUACAAAUACGAGUUACCGACUGAUCUGGGAGACAAACUCACCAUGAUGGAGCGAACGCUGAGGUGGAGACACAGUGCGCCCACGGCGCCGGAUACGCUGUGGUGCUACCCAUUCCAGGACCGGGAUCCGUUCAUUAUGGAGGAGACGCCGAGGGUGUAUUAUUUGGGUAACCAGGACAGUUUCGAUACGAGGGAGGUUGAGGGCGAGGAUGGGCAGAAGGUUAGGUUGGUAAGUGUGCCGAGGUUCAAGGAGAGGAGUGAGCUUGUGUUGGUUAACCUGAAGACGCUGGAGUGCGAGGUAGUGGUGUUCGAUGUCGAAGGACAAGUUGCAUGAAUGCACGAAAACAGAGGAUUUUGGACAGCAUAGAUGUACCACGCAAAAUGGCUUCGCUCAUAUUGGGUAUCUGAUUGCCAUGCUAAAUGCUCAAGGCUGCCUGCAGCCCUAUAUGCCGUUCCCCGUCACCCCUUGUUGAAAUAUCCCCGCGAAACUACCGUCGAGAAGACAUAGUUGACCUGACUGUAGCACCACCUCAUGAGGACCUC